AUGCCGUCGCUACAACCAUUUCCUCGUCUCCGGUAUAGGCGCGCGGCCGUCCGUAUUGCGUACGAUGAUCGAACGGUUUCGCGUGUCACGCACGACCAGCCCAGCGAAGACCCUUCUUGUCGUAAUACGUCUAUGUCGCAGCAUCCACCCCUAACCCCCCAAAAAAGUCGAUUACCACGGUCCGUCGCUGGUUUGUGUCGGUGCAUGGCGCAGGUAGCCGAUUCGGCAUCUCAAGAAUGUUAG